AUGUCCUUCUCAGUCUCCUCCGAACAUGAGAACAGUGCCAGUAGUCACAAUACACUCCAAAACGGAGUGGAACGCACAACCGAUAUUACUCCAGUAGUUUCCUCUAGUGAUGCACUCUAUGAUGAAGUGGAUCAUGCAACUGAUAUUGCUCCAACGAGGCCCCAUGUCAGUAUACUCACAACGAAGCGACAGGACCAACUGGGUUCCAUUUUAUGGCCGAAAAGUGGAUAUCCUGCACUCCUGGAAUGCACCAUGUCCAUGUACUCAGUCUUUUCUCAACAUGACGACAGUGGUAGCGAAGCACUCCCAGACGAAACAGACAAUGUGACUGGACCUCUAGCUGUCCUUAGGGUACAUCUUCAGGCUGUCAUCACAGGUAUCGCCCAGAAGAUUGCAUUAGCCAUUAUUAUCUUCAUGGUUGCUUUCUCAGUAAAAGAUAGUCAUCUUCUUCAACUGACCGACCAUCUUGUUUUUGCUGUGGAAUCAGGAGUCAAAGUUUUCAUAAGUGCAUACCUUAGUCAACGAGGUAUAGAGGAGCGUGAAGUUCUGCGGUGCAUGGGAGCUGGUGGAACCGUACUAUACACGUUGGCGUUCUUGGUGCUGCUGAUUCUGUAA